AUGUCCACUCGAGACCUGUAUCAAACCCCGCUCGACACCUCAAAACCCGAGAUAAGGCUACUGGAGAUAGUUGAGGACAAAGAUGUCGUCUCUUGUAAAUUACACACCGUCACUUUCAGCAAACAGCUUCAUUUUGCAGCGCUGUCAUAUGUAUGGGGCAGCGCAGCUGACAGGGUCAACAUCAACAUCAACGGCGUUGAAGUUCCCGUUUCAAAAAGUCUCGCCCGCGCCUUGAAGGAAGUUCGAGGCUAUUGGAGGUAUGAAUUUCCCGAAAGAGAUCAAUCCAAGUUCAGAAUCUGGGUCGACGCUGUUUGUAUCAACCAAGCCGACGCUGCAGAACGAACUGAGCAAGUCAAGCUCAUGCGCGACAUCUACUCAUCAGCUGAUCUUGUACUCGGAUGGCUAGGCUCUGAUGAAAGUAAUAAGGUCUUGAGAGCUGUCACAACCAUUAUGGUGUUGAGCAAAGCCUUCAGGGCAGCAAAGUGGGAUGUUGAUAAGCUGAUGGAUCUGGAGUGGCUAAGAUCUUGUGGUCUUACAAAUGAACCUGAAUGCGACGAGUUCUGGUCAUCACUAGAUGACCUUGCGUUACUACCAUACUGGCGACGCGUCUGGAUCUUGCAGGAAAAUGUCCUAGCCUCAACAUUGUUCUACAUUGCUCCACGAGUCUGUAUCGAGUACAGCUCUCUCAUGAACGUGUGCCACCUGUUCGAGAUCCUUUCCAUCAAGCUGAAUGAGAAACAAGCUACGAAACCCAACUUUGUCCCAAGCCAUAUCUGGAUGAAGUUUUGUCCACCAAAGGGUACCGGUUUCAUCCAGCUACGAAACAUUCUCCGAUUCGAUAUCGCCAAGACGAUGUAUAAGGAAAUACUUACAGAGAGCCAAGAAGAGAGACAGCGUACGGCGGUUCAACUUUCGGUAUUUGGUGGCACGCUUGAAGCUACGGAUCCGAAAGAUCACAUCUAUGGCCUGCUGGGUCUCAGUUCAUUGCCCCUCAGACCAGACUACACCAAGAGCGUCAGAGAUGUGUACGUGGACUACUGCAAGGCAGUACUCGACGUAGUCGGGAACAGCGACAAGAGAGCAUUGCAAUUUCUACGAGAUGCUGGCUCUGGUGUAUUCAAGGAUCCUCUUGGGUUGCCAUCAUGGGCUCCGCAAUUUCCUUCACGAGCAACUGAUAACCCGACCCUCAUAUUUGAUGGAGAGUUCAACCUUGUUCGCAUCUUCCCUGGCAUUCCACGGCCAACUAUCUCGGAUGCCAAAUUACAUUUAUCUGGCGUGAAAUUGCAGACGUUGAAGAGGGUUGGAGGAAACCCAGAGAUCCAAAAUCUGCAGAAGGGAGGUAGUCUCGCCGAUUGGAUACAAGACUACAUCAGUCGUAUACCAUUAUAUCCAACCAAGAUUCCUUCAAUUUGGGCACUUUUCUUAGUUGUUGCGAGGAUGCAGAAACUGGCACUGGAUACACCGAGCAUGUUGCUAUUGCUCAACUUCACGACGCGACUAGACCUCCAAAUUCCAGAGAGCGAUCAACCACGAGGUGUUGCAAAAUACUUCCAGACACCUGAAGCUGACGGCCUGUCUGUAAUGAUAAUUCAAGAUGGGGGAAACAACCCUGAAAUGAUGGGGUGUAUUUCGCCAUUGUUGGGCGGGCCUGAUGAACUAAAGGCUAGGAUGUUUGACGUCGAUGCCCAACAGGUGUUUAUGAUGAAGCGAAACUAUCAUACUCGAUUGUUUGAGACUGACGCCGGAUAUCUGGGAAUGGGGCCACAGAACUGUGAGGUCGGAGAUGUCAUUUGUAUUGUGGAUGGGUAUGAGGAUCUUGUUCUGUUGCGGAAGCGUGGAGAUGAUCAUGAAUACGUUGGACCUUGCAUAGGUUAUGGAAUUACGGAUAUGUAUAUUAAGAGGAAAGGUGAGGAUGGCGAGAUAGCAGUUGAGACGUUUCAUCUGGUGUAG